AUGAGAUCGACGUUCGUCGAGGACUGGCAAGCAUCGGCGAUCGUCCCCGCUGCAAUCGCUGCGGUGCGAGUUCAACGAGUUAGUAGCAUGGGCAUGUAUGUGUGUGUCUGUCUGUCUGUCUAUCUGUCCGAAUCGCAGCACGUUGAACGUCCAACUUCAUCGUAAUAUGUAUAUGUUCUCUAUACGUGUGUACCUUUCACCCUGUGUGUGUCUAUACAUAUAUAUACACGUAUUUCUACACUUUCGCACGUAUGUACGAAAGUAUUUUACACACGUGUAUGUAUAUAUAUGUACUACGUACCCUACUUUAGAUUACCGUAUUUUUAAGGAUUUACGUGAUUUGCUUCGGAGUGGCGAUGAUUCGGGAGCAUGUAAUUUCGACUUUAAUCGUACAUAUUUUUUUACCCAGUGAAAGAGAAAAUAAGAUGUUCGAGAGUUUUUCAACUGAAAGGUUUUAAUUCUUCUGUGGGAUAUCUGGAUUUAGAUGUAAAUUCUUAAAUCAAGAUUUUUUUCAAUCAGAAUCUCUUAGAUUUUAGAUUCUCGCUAUUGAUGAAAUCCCGAGACUGACAAGAUUUCUCAAUGAGAAUUCCCGCUCGUCUAUAACUUUCAUACCUAGUCUUGACAGUCAAAGUGCUUGAUGCAUCUCUGAGAGACAAUUGAAAUUGUUACCUCGAUUCUCAAGUUAUCGCCACGUCGAAUCAGGCCAUUUUGUUAAAUGUACUCCCUACGCGACUCACGCCGAGCUUUUGCACGCUUACGAGGUGGCUGCCAAGAAACGUGACCUCUGAGUGCUGAGUUCGAUGGUUGUUGAACUGUUCUAUAGAUGUGCAUGAGAGCCUGAUCGGUAUGAUCGUUUGAGAAUACAAAUCCACCGGUUAUGGUUACGUGUUGUUUUCACACAUGCAAAUGUGUCCUGAUGAUUUCUUCUCUCUCUUUUUUUUUUCUUUUUUUUUUUUUUAUUUUAUUUUAUUUCAGAGAUGCGAACGACGUCGUUCUAUUUUCGGAAAUGAAGACUGAUAGAAAAGUCUUUUCAAAUGUGAAAACAAAGUGUAAAUACUUCGUUGUAAAUUCGCGUAAAUUUCAGUCAGGGAUUUAAAGUCACCGUGUUGCUCGUCGAUCAAUGUUUAAUUAACUUUUCAUGCCACGGUGAGCUUAAGGUAACUCGAAGGAAAUGUUGAUCUAAUCUAGUUACCUGUUGCCCCCGAUAUCUAAGAAUACGAAAGACUGAAGGAAAAUGUAUUUGAAACGAAAUGAAACUAUCCCCGUGGAUAAUGUUUGUGGAAACUGCAAUCAUGGAGAACGAAAACAAAGAGCUGGAAUUUUUUUUUUUUAGCCGGUACGACAGGAAACAGGUAACUUUUCAAAUAGCUGGUCCCAAUUUGCGACUUACAAGUCACUCUCUAAAUAUUUUAUAUUCAGCUCGAAAACUCGAGUGCCUUCAAAGUUUGAGUGCUUCCAAAGUUUAAAAAAAAAAUUUUGAAGUACGUGGAUUUGGAAGUUUGAACGUUUCAAGAUUUAAAAAUUUUCUAUAGGUUCAAGCGUCUGGAAGUUUGGAAAAACUGUUUGCGUAAAGUGCGCGUAUACUCGAAUGUUUUAAAGUUAAAAACAUUUGAAGAUUCGAAAAUUUGGGAAUUGGAGAUGAUCUCCGCCCAAGGGCUGAUCGCGAAGGACAAGAGCGGCACAUCUGAUCCAUACGUGACCGUCCAAGUCAGCAAAAUGAAGAAACGCACCAAGACCAUGCCAAGGGAAUUGAAUCCAAAUUGGAACGAGAAGUUCUACUUCGAGUGCCACAACUCGUCCGAUCGAAUAAAAGUGAGAGUAUGGGACGAGGACAACGAUCUGAAGUCGAAGCUGCGGCAGAAGUUGACGAGGGAGAGCGACGACUUCCUCGGCCAGACGAUCAUCGAGGUGCGCACGCUGAGCGGCGAGAUGGACGUGUGGUACAAUCUCGAGAAGAGGACGGACAAGAGCGCGGUAUCCGGCGCGAUCAGGCUGCACAUCAGCGUCGAGAUCAAAGGCGAGGAGAAGGUCGCGCCUUAUCACGUGCAGUACACCUGCCUGCACGAGAAUCUCUUCCACAGCCUGUGCGAGAAGAACGACGGCGUGGUGGCUCUACCUCAGGCGAAAGGGGACGAUGCCUGGAAGGUGUACUUCGAUCCGCCUGGCGAGGAACUCGUCGACGAGUUCGCCAUGAGAUACGGCAUCGAGAGUAUCUACCAAGCAAUGACACAUUUUCACUGCCUCUCCACGAAAUAUCUGUACGCGGGUGUGCCAGCGGUAAUGUCUACCCUAUUGGCGAACAUAAACGCGUACUAUGCUCACACGAGCGCGGGUUCCGCUGUUUCGGCCAGUGAUAGAUUCGCCGCCAGCAACUUUGGGAAAGAGAAGUUUGUGAAAUUAUUGGAUCAGCUGCACAACUCUCUGCGAAUCGAUCUGUCGAUGUACCGAAAUAACUUCCCCGCCUCCAGCCAGGAGAAGCUGAUGGACCUGAAGAGCACGGUCGAUCUUCUCACGAGCAUCACGUUCUUCCGUAUGAAGGUGCUCGAGUUGUCCAGUCCCCCAAGAGCGAGCACAGUGGUGAAGGAUUGCGUGAAAGCGUGUCUCCGCUCGACCUAUCAGUUCCUCUUUGAAAAUUGCUUCGACAUCUACAACAGGGAGUUCCAAGUGGAUCCGAGCGAGACGAAGAGAGAAGCGAAGGAUCACAGCCCUUUCUUCGAGUCGCUCGACUUCUGGCACAAGCUGAUCGCGCUGUUAGUUUCGGUGAUGGAAGAGGAUAAGAACAGCUACGCGCCUGUAUUGAAUCAGUUCCCUCAGGAGCUGAAUAUCGGUCAAUUGUCGGCGGUCACCCUGUGGUCCUUGUUCGCGGUGGACAUAAAGUACACCUUGGAUGAACACGUGUACCGGAGGAAGUCCAAGUCCUCGGCCUAUAUGAACCUCCACUUCAAGGUCAAGUGGUUGUACAACAAUUACGUGAACGACGUGCCGCCUUAUAAGGGCGUGGUGCCUGAUUAUCCCACGUGGUUCGAGCCGUUCGUCAUGCAGUGGCUGAACGAGAACGAUGACGUCUCACUGGAAUAUCUCAACGGUGCCUUCAACAGAGACAAGAAGGACGGAUUCCAAAAGAGCAGCGAGCACGCGCUGUUCAGCGUCUCCGUCGUCGACGUCUUCACACAGUUAACCCAGUGCUUCGACGUGGUCUCGAAGCUGAAUUGCCCCGAUCCAAAUGUCUGGAACAAGUACAUGAAUAGAUUCGCAAAGACCAUUGCGAAAGUGUUGGUUGCGUACGCAGACAUCAUGAAGGAUGACUUUCCAAACCACCUGAAGGAGGAACGACACGCUUGUAUCCUCAUGAACAACAUUCAGCAACUUCGAGUGCAAUUGGAGAAGAUAUUCGAGUCGAUGGGCGGCGAGGAACUGGAGGACAUAACGUCAAUCAUUUUAAAGGAACUUCAACAGCAACUAAAUGGAGUGCUCGACGAUCUGGCUAUGCUGUUCGCGAAGAGUUUGGAGCCGAGGAUAACAGUCUCGGUGAAGGAGCUAGGAGAUUUAUUGUUAAGUAUCAAAGGCGGUGGACAAGUGUCGCAGCCUGCGCAAAGGAACAACGUUGCUGCCGAUGCCGACGAGGUGCUGCGUCCUCUGAUGGAUCUUCUUGACGGAAGUUUAUCGUUGUACGCUGAGUCCUGCGAGAAGACUGUGCUGAAGAGGCUGCUGAAAGAGUUGUGGAAGAUCGUCAUGAGGAUUCUGGAGAAGACAGUGGUACUUCCGCCGUUGUUGGACAAGAGCAUGAUGUUCAAGAAUCUGACGGACAACGCGAAGAACCUAGCGGCGAACGCGAAGAUAGAAGACAUGUCGAAACUGUUCAAGAACCACAUGGUUGGCAAACCGGAUGUGAAGAACGCGCUGAGCGGUGUAAUAGAUAUUUCCAAGGAAGUGGAGAAGAAUCUGUCACCGAAACAGUGCGCGGUUCUCGAAGUGGCUCUCGACACCAUCAAACAGUAUUUCCACGCAGGCGGGAACGGUCUGAAGAAGACGUUCUUAGAAAAGUCGCCAGAGCUGCAGAGCUUGCGAUACGCUUUGAGCUUGUACACGCAAACAACGGACACUCUCGUCAAGACGUUUGUCACGUCUCAGAUCAACCAAGAUACUGCCGGUACAGAAGAGAGCUCGGUUGGAGAAGUCAGUAUUCAAGUGGACCUGUUCACACAUCCUGGAACUGGCGAGCAGAAGAUCACCGUCAAAGUUGUCGCUGCGAACGAUUUGAAGUGGCAGCUUGCUUCAGGAAUGUUCAGGCCGUACGUUGAAGUGAACUUGAUCGGGCCACAUCUGACCGGCAAGAAGAGGAAGCAGUCGACAAAGUCAAAGAGCAAUAAUUGGUCGCCACAGUUCAACGAGAGCUUCGACUUCAUGAUCGGCAACGAGCAGCAGCAACUCGACUUCUACGAGUUGCACAUCUGCGUGAAGGAUUACUGCUUCGCGAGGGAGGACAGACUGGUCGGCGUGGCAGUGAUACAGCUCAAGGAUAUAGUCGAGGAAGGUUCGUGCGCGUGCUGGUUGUCGCUCGGCAAACGAAUCCAAGUGGACGAGACCGGCUGGACAAUCCUGAGGAUUCUUUCGCAGAGGAACAACGACGAUAUCGCCAAGGAGUUCGUGAAGCUGAAGAGCGACAUCAGGCAGGAGACACCGUUACCGAAUCCCACCUGAAGCUCUGGAUUGAAGCGUUAAAGCCACGACAGCGAAGCGAUGCGAUCCUUCGAGUUUGGAAAGAGCUCGAGGGAGGAGAAGGAGAGGGGCAUUGUCCACAGGGGAUACCAAUAUAAGCGUUCGGCCGUCGUUGUCGAGAAUGAAGUUUUUCAAACGAACAAACAACCAACCAA